AUGACUUCCCUCUUUGUUGCUCCGUCUUUCAUGCCCCCACCACGUCUAAGCACCGCCACAACAAUGACCAUUGACUCUGCCAGUGGCAGGCGUGUACCUCGAAAUAAAGACUUUCUCAACAAGCAUGGUCAUCGUCAUCACUCCUUUGACCAAGAGAAAGCACCAUAUCCUCUCAGUUAUGAUAGACAGGUCCUCGAGCUGGAGAGUAUAGACCACAGCUUCGUCAUGCACGUCAAGAAAUCUGUUUCAGUCGUCGGGUUUCCAGAUCAUAGCUCUCCAAAACGCUCUCUCGAUCUUGGUUGCGGAGGGGGGACCUGGAUAGUUGAAGCUGCCAAGGAAUGGCCUGACUGUCAAUUCGUUGGAUUCGACCUCGUGGAUGUACAAGUCCCGUUGUCAUUACUGGAGCCUGACGUUGCGAACCGCGUUAUGUGGGUACACGGGAACUUUCUGACGACGAAACUCCCGUUCGACGAUGACGAGUUCGAUCAUGUUCACAUGCACGGCUUAGGCCGGGGGAUCCCUGAGAACAAGUGGGGUGUUCUCUUUGAGGAAGUGAACCGUAUAUUACGACCAGGUGGGGUUAUUGAAGUCCUUGAACAUGAUAUCCUAUUCCCCACGCUGCCUACCUGGUUCACAGCACCUUUACGAGCGCGUAAUAAACGUUCAGAUUCUGUCCACUAUCCCAACGGCUCGCACCACCGCAUUGACAAACUACCCUCGUCACAACCAGACGUUGCACCCUUACCUCAUGACCAUGCACUACUCGAAAGCUUGUAUUACGCUGUAUUUGAGAACCGAUUUAUCAACUUACGACCAACCGCUAUUCUGCCAAUACAUUUCACCUCGACUUUCCGUCGAGUAAUAUCUGCACCUAUCGUCCAUUUCCGCAUGCCUGCACUACCCCCUUUACAAGCAUUACCACAACCGUUACCGCCAAAUGCGCUUCUCAUGGAAGCUUCAUUAUCCUCGGACAGAUCUGAGACCACCUCACAACCUCAAGUGCCUCUCACACCUCGUCCACUCGCCGUUUCGUUCUCGUCUACUCACUCCUCUGCUACGAGCAAAUCAGCAUCAUCAGGAGAAUCAUCGUUAUUCAGCAGUAUGGAUGGCUCUACCGUCUCGCACCCGACAACGAGCCCUGCAGAUUGCUCACCGGAUUCACCGGCACUUUCGUGCAAUACAACUAACACCUUGGGCUCUGAAACAGCUCAUGUGGUGAAAAAACCACUUUAUAUUGUUGAUAGUUCGGCGGCAGAGAGUACAUCCAUGGGCGUUGGACCUUCACACUCUCUGAUUCCUCUCGAUGAGAUUGACAAGCUUAACGAACGCUCGCUCGCUAUGCAAUUAUACUGGUCGUAUCAGAGCGUACUGGCCUGCCAGGAGUCCAUGUACGAGGAGCUCGUGGAUCGCACGAGGAAUCGGACAGGGGAAUUAGCAGAGUUUGGAUGGGACACCGAUCAGGACCUGUCCGAACUCGAGAGUCGAACAAAAUUCGAGAUACUGGUAGACCGGUAUAAGCGCGAUAUGCAGGCGCGAAUAUCCCUGUGGUGUUCACUUGCCGAGCUGGGGUGGUCCGUCCCUCCGCGGGAGGCCAUGUCGAAAGCAGAGCUUGUGGAGGAGGAGAGACUCUACCGGGCUAUGCUUGAAGCGCGACGGCUUGCCUCUGAGGAGGACCUGCACACACCUUGUCGGUCUGUGCGGAUAUUCGUGGGUUAUAAGGAUGUAUUGUAA